CUGUAUUUUCUGGCUGCAGUGCUGGGUUUUUGAGUGCAGAGAUUGCAAUGCAGUUCCACCGUCCCCCCGGCGUUGAAAGCUUUCUCCGGGCCCCCAGCCCCAUCCAACAGCCCACCCGCUUCUACAUCGAGGAUAUUUUGAGCCGGGACGCCGCCGGGGGCUCACGGAGCCGGGCCGCCUCCCUCAGCCCGUUCCAGGCUGUGGUACCGCCGCCUCCGCCACUGCCGCUCGCCAGCUUCAGGGCAGGAGUGUACCAGCGGCAUGGCGAGGCCGCUCUGCCACUUCAUCUGUACCGGGCACCGGUUUUCCCACAACAUCUGGCUCCCAUCUACCAACCGACUGCUGCCGAGUACCAGCAGCCCAUCUACAGACCUCUCCCCCUGGGUAAGAGACUGCUGCUGGAGCGGGGCCGAGGGAAGAGAACACAGGGCAGGGGGAGAGAGAGAGAGAGAGAAAUACCAGGAGAGAGGGAACACAGGGGAGAGAGAGAGAGAACAUAG